AUGCCCAUAAGGAAGGUCAGCUCCACUGAGGGGGUGAAGGAGGAGCCCAAGAGAAGAUUGGCAAGGUUGUCAGUUAAACCGGCUUCUGCAAAAGUGGAAACGAAGCCAAAAAAGGCAGCAGGAAAGGAUACAUCUUCAGACAAAACGUGCAAACCAAAGGGAAAAAGGGGAGCAAAGACAAAACAGGCUGAAGUAGCUAACCAAGAGACUAAAGAAGACUUACCUGCAGAAAAUGGAGAAACUAAAAACGAGGAGAGGCCAGCUUCUGAUGAAGCAGGAGAGAAAGAAGCCAAGUCUGAUUAAUAUCACACCCCUGGUCCUAUCAGUGGUCCCUGU